AGUGACGCCUAUCACAAAAUGUCAGCUUCCGGGGAAACAAUUCCCCAAAACGUCGAAUUAGAGACAAAAUCUGCGAAACCAACUACUCCAGAGGCUCUGAUUGACAGUCCAUCCGUAAACAGCAAUGGCGAUUGGCCUGCCCCUGUCCUUGCGUUACGUGAAUCCGCAAUGAAAUUUGCACAAGAUUGGAAAUUCCCAGGCUCUUCUGAAAAUACGAGAAGUCCCACAACAACAACAACACGGAAGCGUCGAGACCCGGUGACUGUUGAAAGAGCAAACCUCCUGAACAUAACCAAGCUUAUCAUAAAGGAAUUGAUAGACUCUUCGUUAUCUCAAGGUCGCAUGUUAGAUGAUGAUCAUGUGCCUCUCCAGCAGUUCUUUGUUGUCAUGGAGCAUGUCUUUAGACAUGGUCUUAAACCGAAAAAGGGUAUUUUAAGAGACAAACAUGAAUUCUGGUAUGUUUUGGAAAGGUUGGAGAAGAUUUGUCCGGAUGCUCAAGAAAUUACCACAAGUGUCAAAGAAAUGCCACAUAUCAAAACCCCUCUUGGCCGAGCGAGAGCUUGGUUGAGACUUGCUCUUAUGCAAAAGACUCUAGCAGACUAUUUUAGGGUUCUAGUCGAUAGGAAAGAUGAAAUAUUAAGGGAGUACUAUGAUGAAAAUGCUUUAAUGAUGGAAGAAGAGGCUACAGUGAUAGGUGGCAUGUUGGUGGGACUCAAUGUCAUAGAUUGUACAUUCUGCAUUAAGGAAGAAGAUCUAGACCAACCAAUAGGGGUGAUUGACUUCAGUUUAUACCUCAACUACAAUGAUAGGGCCCCUGAUGAUGUCCCCGAGAAUGAUGCUAAGAUGGCUGCAAUAUUGGACCAGAAAAAUUACCUUGAAGAGCUGAAUAGACAUUUGAAUGCUACAGUUACCAAUCUCCAGCAGAAGUUAGAGAGCACACAGACAACAAAUGCAUUAAUGAAAGAAGACCUCGCCAUUGCCAAAAAUAACAUUCUUACCCUGCAAGAGGAAAACUCGACUCUACGUACAGAAAAAGAAGAUAUUGAAGAGCGAUUUAAAAAACAUGUUGAGGCCAAUAGAGAGGACAUAGACACUGAACGACAAACAUAUCAAACAAACAGACAGGGGCUCGAUAAUCUCUAUGAGGAUACUAAAAAUCGGCUGGCAGAGGAGACACAAAUGCGACUAGACACAGAAAAAGAACUAGAGCUUCAAAUUGGUAUGAAACAAGAAAUGGAAGUUGCAGUGCGGUUACUGGAGAAAGAUAUCCACGAGAAACAAGACACAGUCAUCACUUUAAGGAAACAACUCGAAGAAAUAAAAGCCAUGAAUCUUGAAAUGUACAAUAAAAUGCAGUCAUGUGAAACCUCGCUCAAGCAUAAAAUUGAGCUGGUGGUGAAAUUAGAAAAGAAGACAACAGAAAUGACAGAUGUGUUAAAGAAAACUGAACUCAAAUUGAAGCAGUCAGAGUCAGACAAAUUUGCCGCUGAGGAAACUGCGAGAAAGCUGGGUCAAUAUUUGGCAGAAAAAGAUGCUAAAAAGUCAGCAUUAGAAACAGAUUUGAAGAUAGAGCGUGAAUGGAGGGGGACGCUUCAAAAAAACUUAGAACAAGAGAAAGAAAAGGUUGCCCAGACACAUAACGAAAUACAAAAAAUGGUGGAGGUUCAAAAGAAUUAUAAGGAGCUUCAGCAACAACACCAAAGGCUUCAACAGACCUGUCAUGACCAAGAGUCCGCCCUUUCAGAACUAGGCUCACAUCUUAGCGAGUCAAAGUUAAAAGUUGAGGAUUUGAGGGAGGCCCAACAAGCUGUGAAAGAAGCUGCAUGGACAGAUGAUAAAGAAGUGAACAGUUGUAUGCAGUGCACUAAACAAUUCUCAGUUUCCAGGCGGAAACACCAUUGUAGGAACUGUGGCCAAGUGUUCUGUAAUGAAUGUUCCGACAACAAGAUGCCCCUCCCCUCCUCUGCCAAACCAGUACGUGUCUGUGAUGCUUGCCACACUAGCUUGCUCGAGAGAUACUCUGCUAAAAAUUAAAAAGAAGAAUUAGUACUCUGAAAUUGACCCUUGCCUUUUCAGUCAUGAAAAUAAAAGAUAUUUAUAGACAGUUUCUUGAAGUAAAAGAUAUAAAAGAAGAAAUAUAUGAUAUUCUCCAACAUUGACCCUUGCUUUUACUGAAUUUAAGACAUCUCCAAGACAUGAAGAAGUUGAAGUAAAUUGUAUUUUAUAUUCUCAUUGGGAUAACAAUCGUGAGAUUCAUAACCAUUUUGAUAAUCUUCAUAAUAAUCCUGGCAAAUUUGAAUUACUGAUAUAUUUUUAAUGAUAUUUUUCAUAAUCAUAUGUAGACUUUUUUUUUAAUUUUCAAUUUGUUUUAAGAAGUUUUUGAAAUGGUCAAUAUCUUAAAAAGCAAACAUUGUAUGAAAUGCUUAC